CCCGGCUACCGUAGUGAGGAAACCAAACCCACGUGGUUAACCAAAACAACAUGGCGGCUGGUUUUAAGACUGCAGAGCCUCUGGAGUAUCACAUGAGUUUUCUGAAAGAAAACUGUCGGCCUGAUGGACGGGAGUUGUCAGAAUUCAGAACCACAACUCUGAACAUAGGGUCCAUAUCCACAGCAGAUGGCUCAGCCCUGGUGAAGUUUGGAAACACUACAGUCAUCUGUGGAAUUAAAGCGGAGUUGACAAACCCCACAGUGGAAGGACCUGGUAAAGGCUACAUUGUACCGAAUGUGGAUUUGCCGCCGCUUUGUUCGUCUCGUUUUCGACCGGGUCCGCCGAGUGAACAGGCCCAGGCGACCAGUCAGCUCAUCGCCGAUGUCAUCGAAAGCUCAGAAGUGAUACAAACCGAAGAUCUGUGCAUUGACAGAGGAAAGCUCUGCUGGGUUCUCUACUGUGACAUCAUGUGUCUCGACUACGACGGGAACUUGUUGGACGCGUGCAUUGUUGCUCUGCUGGCCGCACUGAAGAACACACAACUUCCAGAAGUCGUCAUAAACACAGAGACGUCUGUUCCACAGGUGAACUCGGACAAGAGACGCGCGCUGCACAUUCACAAGCACCCUGUUUCUACGUCGUUUUCUAUCUUCGAUGACUCCAUCCUGACCGUCGACCCCACGGCUGAGGAGGAGAGUCUGGCGACCGCUCAGCUCACCGUGGUGACAGACGAGGAAGAUCGCCUCUGCUCUGUGCACAAACCUGGUGGGACGCCAUUGUCGGGAGAGAAGCUGCAGGAGUGCAUCAGCCGUGCGACACUGCGACAGAGAGAGAUCCAGAAACUCAUCAAUAAAGUCAUACACAGUGUGAAGACGACACAAUAAAGAACCAGAGGGAGACCAUGUUCAUUUUUUUUUUAUCUAAAAGCUGUAUUUUCCACUGUCAAUAUAUAUUCUUUUUAAUAACAAUAAAACUGCUGACAAAGA